AUGGAUACGUCGCUAGAAAGAUCACCCCUUUCAAGGCAAAAUCUAGGCCUGACUCAACAACCGUUGGACGAGUCAACCUUGGCGAUCAUGAAUGUGUUCGAAAACACACUAGAUGCGAGAUCAUGUAGGGAUGAAACCGCCAGACUUAGAAACAAACUCCAGCUCUAUCGCGAAGCAGAUGUGAAGAAGGCAAACGAGUUGAAGUCCAAAAACGACGACAUCUGCGCCCUCCAGCGCGAGUUGAGCAAUUGCAAACGCAAAUUUCGCGACUUGAAAAACGUGCGCGAUCAAGAAGUCACUGAUCUCAAAGAAGUCCUCGAGCAGCGCAACGAAAUGAUCAACAAAAUGAAACAAGAACUCACUUCGCUAAAGUCAACCGAUGGAAAUUUCGAACGACAACUUCAAAUCAACAAGAAAGAGCUCGAUUUUCUCCGCGAACAAUUGGAAGAAGCAAGAGCAGAGAUUGAGAAGAAAAAAGCCAUUGAAUCCAAGUACGCAGAUUUUGAAGUAAAAGAAAACCUCGCCGAAAAGAUGCGGCGGCAAGCAGAGCAGGAAAAAGCUCAUGGAGAAAUUUGGCGAGUAGAGGCUCAACGAGUUAAAAUUCUUGAAAAAGAGCUCGCAAGAGAGAAAGAACUCAAUCAGGAAUUGACAACGCAAGUGAAGGACAAAUCAGUGGCGAUCGAAAGAGAGAAGCUAUGGAAAUCUAAGGUCGACCACCUCCAGCCAAAAUAUGACAAACUCGUGGCCGAGCAUGAAGUUCUCAGAGGCGAUUUGAUUCGAGAAACUGAAAAGGUCAGACGCCUGGAAAUCGAAAUGGUCCAUCAGCGAUCGUCGGAGCUUGAAUUGGUUAAUCAAAUUGGAGAAGUGAAGUCGGAAUUAUCAGUCGAAAAGUCGAGACAUCAAGCUACACAAGAUUCUGUGACCAAACUGAAACGUCAACUUGAAGAAGCCAAGGCAGACAUAAGCUUCACUGAGACAGUAAAACAGGGAGACGUGGAUUUGUCUGGUCUGUAUGACGAGAUUAAGACGCUCAAGUUGAAGAACGAUGAACUCUCGGAGGAAAUUCAAAAGAUGAGAUUGCUAGGAGCUGUCAAGGAGCAUGAUAAUGUACUUAGCUACCGUAUGAAUCCAACUUUUGCUCGAGGAGCUAAACGAGCCCGAGAAGAAACUCCUUCAGAGGAAUCAGACAGCUCGGAAGUGCCAGUAGAUAAAGAAAUGAAAAAGAAACUUCAUGAAGCAAACAAGAAAGUCUACGAGCUUGAGAAAACAAAUGCAAAAAUCAUCAGCUGCGUUGGAGAGAAGAUCAACAACUUCCGUGACGCCGUCAACGAAGUUCUUGGCUACAAAGUGUCGACGAAUGACUACCAUACUUUCAACUUCAUGUCUCUGUAUGCUCAAUCGAGCGAAGAUGUUAUUCGUUUCCAACGUCAAUUGACUAAGGAAGGAGAGAAAGUGUUUGAAAUGGACCCGAGUUCAAAAGUAUUCCAGAGGCCAGGCUUGGCUUCCGUUCUUCAAGAUUGUGGCAAUCUUCCUAUGAUCAUGUCAAAGACAACUAUCGCCCUCUCAACCGAAGAUACGAUCAUGCUCUGA